AUGGGAGCUGUUCCAAGUAGAGAAUCCCUCCGAUACGGGUUAACACGUGGUCUCCCAUUUGAGGAAUCCACAGAAGAACGACAUGUCUUUUCUAAAAGAAAUAGUUUUAAUAAUAACAACAACGUGCCCAAGAUGAUUCUCAUUCCACUUAUAUCAGACUACUUUCCAUCUUCCGAAUCUCCGAUAUUUCAGCAGUUUACUAAUGUCUGUGGAGGAUCAUCAGCGUUUUUAAAAUAUACAAAGGGCAAAUAUAACUCUAAGAGUGAAAAUCCUUCAGCUUUACGUAGAUGUUUGUAUGAACAUUUAAUGAGUAUAAGUAAUCAGCGGUUAUUUGAAACAGAUACGGAACUUUUAGCCGUUCAUCGUGCUGGAAGAGUAUUUAGUCCUGUUCCCUGUGUGGUAGCUUUUAUUCUUGAAAGCAAAACCUUAACACAAUCACGAAUAGAUUUAACUCGAGAUUCUCUUUAUUCUAAUACGAUGGUAACAGCAGUAGAAUUAGAAGGAUUACAACUUCAUAUUAUAGGUUUUAUUGGUGAUACCAAUUAUUGUCCACCUUCUAUUCCACAAAGUAAAAUGAAAUCUAAUCCGUAUAAAUUUGAAUUAUUUUUAUCUAAAAAGGUUGGAGGAAAUCAACGUAUGGUAGUGAUGUGUCUUGCAGCGUAUACUUUUAUUUCUCAACUGCGGCGUAUUGGUAUUGUGGGGGAUCCUUCCACAUUAGAUGAAUUGGAGGAUGUUUACAAUACAGUAGAAGAAUAUCAAUUAAAUGAUUUUAGUACUUCAGAAGAAAGUAAAGAUAUUUCAUAUAAAAAUAAACAACAAAAAGAAUCUAAAAUGGAAAAUUGGGAUAAUGCGAAUAUAAGUGCUAAUGUUAUUUUUCGUUCCCUGGAUUUUUCAGUGGAAGCGACCGAUAUUCCUUGGUUGUGCUUUUUACGUGAAGUACGAGCACGUAUUGAAGAGAGUACAAUAGAUUCUAAAAUCAAAAAGGAUUUAUCGAAUUUAAUAGUAAAUGGGAAAUCUUUAACAAAACAUUCUCUUAUAACUUACAUUGAAGGUGAUACCAUAUGUGGGUUUAUGGAUAGUGAAGAAGUUAAAAAGUGUGUGGAAUGGGCUUAUUGGUAUUAUAUUACGCAUUUAAAUAAUAUUAUUGGUGGAUCUGGAGCAGAAUAUCGAACAUCUUUAGCUAAAGAAUCUAUGAAGUGUCAUUUGGAAGGAAAUGUUUUUGUGGAUUCCCUCAUUCCUUCUAAUGUUCAUAAAGGAGAUGUGUGGAUUGUCGGAUCGUAUGGUUCUGUAUGUGAACAUAUUAAUGAAGAUUCCACACCAAUCUCUCCAGGAUCUGUUUUGUAUUUUGAUGGAAAGGAAUGGUGUUUACAACCCAAUUUGUUUGCAGAAGAUAUUCUCUUAUCUCUCUGUCGUGAUGAAUGUCGACAUGCACGAACAGCAGAUCCAAGUGAUGAUCAUUGGCUACGUGAACCAAAUGGAUCGUUAAAGGUAAAUGCAGCUGGAUUAUAUCAAUGGGAAUUCCAAAAAUGUGGACUCACACUUGUCUAUAGUACACUUCCUGAAUUUGCAAAACAAAAAUCACGAAGGUCUACAGGGACCAGUUUUACUUGCAAAAACAAUAAUAAUAAUCAUAAUAAUAAUAAUAAUCAUCAUCAUCAUCAUCAUAGUAGUAGUAGUAGUAGUAAUCAUAGGAUGAGUAGUAAUGCCUACUCGGUUGUGGAUAUGCACAGCACACCUACUAUUCCAUCCCGUGAAAAGUGCUGGAACUCCCCGUUGGUGUAUAAUGACAGCAGCCGCGAAGUUCUCACACAAGGCGGCAUCUCCAACAGUGAGUGGUGCUCCGCCAGCGCCGACAACAGUCAGUGCGGUUCACUCCCGCACGGCUCCAACACAGAUCCGGAAAAUACGGCAUUCCUCCCCUUUCACAUUGUUUGCCCAACCGCAGUCAACGGCAAUAAUCAUAAUCAUAAUAAUAAUAAUAAUAAUCAUAAUAAUAAUCAUAAUAACGGCACAACAACUCCAACUCCCACCACAUCUUCGCGGCCAAUGCCGGUGCGGAAGAGUGUCGCUGGUGGGCGAAGCACCGCACAGUGGGGGAGUUGUCCCCGGCGGGCAACACUUCCCAUCGCCGCAACGGCCCCGACGGGAUCUGCGCACAGUCCACGUGUGUUGGAGUCCCCGUCCUUCGCCUCCUGCACGAUUGCCCUUCACGCCGUCUCUGUGCGCACCCGGACUGCAAUAGAUGUUGGGCAGCAGCACCGCCUGCAGGAGUUCAGGUGGGAGGUGAGUGAGGAAAUUAAUGGAAACAACGCGGAUGAACACACACUGGCUAUGAGUGGGGGAAGUAGUUUGCGUACAUUUGAUGGCUCAGGGAAGUUUCGUUGGGACUGGAGACGUGGACUCUCGUAA